CACGUAGGAGGUGUGGAGAAGAAGACAAAGAGUUAAGAUGGCAGUUCAUGUUACAUGUCAAGUCUGAGUCUUUUAAUAAAUGGCUAGCUGAAGCUAGCCCAAUGUUCUUCAAGCUCUUUUAUUAUAAAUAAGACAAGAACAUUACAGCGAUGUAGGGAAGUUAUCAUGAAGAUAGUGGCAACUUUAGCGCUUCUGCAGCUGUGGAUAUCAGCAACAGCGAGAGUUUCGGGUUCUGGCUCAACCGAAACAGCUCUGUCAGCCUCACCGGGUGACAUCGUUCUACUUCCGUGUGACACAGGAGGUGAAGGAACGCCGUUAUUAACGAAAUGGCUCAAAAAUGGACAUGAAAUCAACUCUUCAUCCUCCGCACCGCGCCUCACCGUGCUGCAGAACGGGAGUUUGAACAUUCAGCAGGUGAUACCUGAAGAUGAGGGGAGUUACCUGUGCAACGCCACACUACCUGGCAGCAAGUCCUUCCAGGCAGGUUUUCAGCUUCGAGUAAGCAGUGGAUCAGAAAAUGUGUCUACAUCCAUCAGUCCUGCCACUGCACUGCCCAAUGGGACCCUCUUCACGUCUCGGGGCUCAUCACUUACUUUAAACUGCUUGCGCUCCUCUCACCCAUCCCAGCAGCUGACCUGGGCCUUCAGAGGCGACUCGUCAAGCAACGACUCGCUGCUUUCAGGCUCUGGAUCCUGGCUGGACUUCAGGAUAGAAAACAUUCAGGCCAGCGCUCAAGGAGUUUACAGCUGCAUGGCCCACAACCCCGUCUCAAAUCAGACCGUCUCUAAGAGCACAGAGCUGCUGGUGUACUAUGUCUCAGACAGACACCCUGAGUGCUUGUGGGCCCUGACACAGGACCCCUCUCAUAUCCAGUUCACCUGCACCUGGUUGGGAGUUUAUCCCACCCCAGAACCGCUCCGUGCUGUCCGAGGGGCAGAGUGUGAGGUGCGCGGCCCGACAACUACUGCUCGGCCCGGGAAAAGAGAAGUCGUGUUCGCUGACCCUCAUAUCAAAGCUGCACUGAGGUCCAACAGGACAAGAACAGAGAUGAGUCCACUGUCUAUGUACUGUGAAAUAAUGAAGCAGAGCAUGAUCCCCUCCCUCCAGAAACUGGGUCGCAGGGCAGUGUUCAAGCGGAAGGUGGAGGAGUGCAAAGUCUCGAAUAUCUGCCAGCUCUGUGAUGUCAUCAUGGAGGAGUGGAAAAGCAUUCCAGUGGGAACCUGUGAAGCUCUGGUAAACUCCAUGCCCAGGAGAGUUAAGACAGUUCUGGAAAAUAAUGGUGGCCACACAAAAUAUUGA